UGCUUGAUUGUUCUACCCCUGUUCCCACUCUCCCUACCCCCCGUGUUCYGUGAUUACCGGGACUUCUCAAGUACCGCAUCGGUUCAGACUGAUGUCGACGGAACAGGACACCGGGGCACUGCCACGACGCAGUGCCAGAAUCGCAGUUCGUGCCCGCCCUGCAGUACCUCCAAGACCGAAGAAACUCAGCAGGCGGACGACUCCAGCAGCAUCAAGUACGGCAUUGACGGUACAAGACGCCACCGGAGAUCAUCCCGCAUACCCAGUCCGAGGAGCCAAUGAGCCAGCGGCUGAUUAUCGUGGGCGGCUACUGGCAUUUACGGAAGCCGUAGCUGYCGUCGAGGCCCGGAAGGAGACAGCAGAGGCAGAACRUCAGCGGCUAGCCAAUGAAGCRGCAGCCGAAGCUCAGCGAACGACUGAGACUGACGCAGAGACACGAGACAGACGGAAUGCCAGCAACACGGAGUCCUUGAUUGCUUGUGAGCAUCAGUGGACGACGAUACUCCAAGACAUGAUCUUUGUGCCUAUGGAAGCGCAGGCAGACCCGACACCGGCGGAGGCAGAGAGAAGUAACCUGGCUAACUUCCUGCUGGGCAUGAUGAGAGGUAUUAUGUGGAAUAAUACACUGCUGCAUUCACAUCUGCGCACAGACGCGACGCAGCAACAAACAUACAAGAACGAUAUCAUUGCGUUAACAACUGCUAUCCGCACAGAGGCAACGCAGCAGCAGCAACAGCAUCAUCUGUUGAAUUCCACUAUCACACGCGUCAACAGCAUAGAGGCUAACGCCUCAGCAGCGCCAGGCUGCACGACAGACGUGACGAAGCAACUCAACGAGCGCAUCGAUCACGUCGUCACCAUCAUCGGCGACAUAAGUACUUUCAACGGACCAGACUCGAUCAGCAGCACGGUGGCCGCCAUCAAGACGGACAUCACCAAGCUACAGACGAGACCGGAAGCUGCUACACCGACGUUCAAGAUGCCGCACUUCGACAUCAGCAAGUUCGAUGAUUACAACAAGUCGGACGCCUUGUCAUGGUGGCAACGCUUCCUCACGGAAGCAUCAUGCCGCAUGGUCCCGGCGGACAACAUGUUGAAGGCAGUAUAUCCGCAGCUGAUUGGAGGAGCGCARGGAUGGAUGAACCACCUAGCGGCUACACACAAGUGCACUAUCGCCGAACUCCACACGCACAUUACGUGGAAGGAGUUCGAGCAGCUAUGGUUCACCAGAUUCAUGGUCCGCAACGUCGUGAAGAUGGCCAUGAACGAGGUCUACACAUGCUCUCAAGGGAACAUGCCAACGCGAGACUGGACAUCAAAAUGGCAGAAGAUAGUGACCACGCCAGGCUUCGACUUGACGUUCCCUAAUCAACAAUCCGAGUUCUUCUCAAGAUCGUGCGCAGGAUUGCGGUCCGCACUCGGCAACGAGUAUGACUAUACUACGUUCCAGGCCAUUCUGGAUAGAACGAACUUAGUCAUCCAAACGGACGACAAGGCCGCUAACGAGAGGCAAUCCCAGUGGCUAAACAGGCCUAUCAACGUCCGGCACAUAACAAUGCCGUGUUGUCUGAGGAAAUCGACGACCACCACGCUGCGACAGCAUCCUCGAGUGAUGGAGGAAUGAUCGCAGCGCUCCCGCCAAAGC